GUUGUUUCCUGGACUCUGUGAGCCAGCAGUGUCUGGAGCUGCAUUGCUUGUACCAUGGACUCUCAGGUCAGCAACGGCUCGGGCCUGGAUACUGAGCACAUCACAAACCUGCUGGUGUUUGGCUUCCUCCAAAACUCUAAGUAUCAUUUCCACCGAGAGCUGGAGGUACUGGGUCAGGAACUGCCCGUGCCAGUUUACCUGGAUGCGGACGAGGACGAGCUGCAGACCGACGGCAGCCGGGCCAGCCGUUCCUACCAUGGAAGAAUACAGCCAGAUUCUGAAAGCCAGGAAGAUGUCAUCCAAAGAAUUGCCCAUCAUCUCGCUCAAGUAGGCGAUGAGUUAAACCACAGCAUCCAGCCCACACUGGUGAGACAGCUGGCGGCCCAGUUCAUGAACGUCAGCCUGUCGGAGGAAGACAGACGGAACUGCCUGGCCAAAGCCCUUGAUGAGGUGAAGACGGCCUUCCCUAGAGACAUGGAGAAUGAAAAGGCCAUGCUGAUAAUGACCUUGCUGCUGGCCAAAAGCGUGGCCAGUCAUGAGCCGUCCUUGCUCCGUGAUGUCUUCCGAACGACAGUGAACUUUAUUAACCAGAAUUUAUUCACCUCUGUGAGGAACUUACUUAGGAAUGGGAUGGACUGAAGGAGGCCUGCAGAAGCUUGACUGCCUGAGACCCAACAUGGCAAGAACAGUGAAGCUUCCUCCAAAGGAACGUGGCCAUGUAAACACAUGUUGGAGUGAAGACAGCUCCCAGAUAAUGGCUGUCUCCCUGUUUUCAGGACAAUGUUUUGAGCUGGUGACUUACUUAAAAUUUAGUCUAAUGAAGAUGCCAGUAUGCGUGUAUCUGAAGGGCUCAUGCCAGUUCCUGCACCCACACCUUGUACCUUUAUCUGAUCAGCUGUACAGGUUCCCUCUUGGAAAUUAAACGUAAAAGCAGGUUGUAAGGCAGAAAAACUUACUUGUAAUGUGACGUUACUGUUCACAAGAGGCUAGCUCUGGGAUGUUGUCUUCAUCAUGCAGACGGGCUUCUGUUUCAGAACAGUGCUAGGAGCGGUGCACUGGCCCAAGAGUGAGAAUUCUACCCAGUGCUCAGAAGACCACAGCCUUCCUUUGUAAAAAGCCGAAUGGCAAUGAGGUUUGAGACUAUGAUUCUGUUCUCAAAACCAUGAGCAGCACUGACCACCCUCCGCACCCACCCAUACAUAAGGGUUUAGCUGUUUCAGGGGACUGUUUGCUAAAGAUUUCCAUCCCAGUGGGAACAAACAGUUGUGCACACAACUCGUCUGUGUGUGUAAUUUACAACCAGUUCCUUGCUAGGGAACACAUUUACACAAGGAACAAGUGUAGUAGCAGAGUCAACCAGAAUGAAUAGGAGAGAGACCUAAAACAGCCAGUAAUCCAAACAGUAGCAUCGUCACCUCCCACUGGGCUUGCAGUGCAGCAGGCCACCGUCUUAGUCAAGCUCACAGAGGUGAUUUCCUGUCACGGCUGAUACACUUCCUUGGUGGUAAAGCAAAAUUGUGUUCUUUCUCCCCAGGCCAACAUUCUCGAAAGAUUCCAUGUAUCAAAGCCAAAUGUCCCUUCUUUGCUUUUGUAUUUGAAAGACAAGGUCUAACCAUGUAUCCUCAAAUGCAGGUUGACUUUUCUGUUAACUUUCCUAAUGCUGGGAUUGCAGGCAUGAGCCACCACUACCUGCUAAGUGUUCCCAUGUUUUUAAUUCAUCCCAGCCAUGACGGUUUGGUGUAUCGUGGGAACGGGUAGAUUUUUCUUUAAACAUGAUCCUUGUAUGGGUAUAAUUGAGGGAUGAUUUUAAUUCAGAGAUAUUUUUCAUUCUGUUCUAAAAAUAUGUGAAUUGGUUUAAGUGAUAGAAAUUUGCUUCUUCAAAAUAAAGGCUUUCUUCUCUAAAGGAUGCUGGCAUAGCGACAUCUCCUAAAUGAUGGAGUGCAUCAGGUUACACCGCUCCUGACCUGACCUUCAGGAUCCAGCAUAAACACCAGUGUUUGGGGUCACAGUUCCUAAGGCUGCCUUUACUCCAGCGACUUCACUAACUGUGCUCACCGGCAACUGAGACGUGAUUUUGAAUGCCAGGGUUGUGUUUUCAGAACUGAGCGGCAAACCAAGAAUGCACACACUUUAAGUAUGGAAGACUACAAAAUCAAGAGUAGUGGACAAAGAUGAGUCACCGGAUACCAUAAAAAUCUCAUUUUAUUGUCACCUCCAGGGUGAUUGCUCCAGACAUUGCUUCUGACUGAAAGCAGUUUGUAGACUUUUGUCACUUCCCAUAAAAAACAGAUUGGGCACAAAGUAGACAGCAGGAUGGGAAAGGAGCCAAAACAAUUCACAAUAAUGAGUUGAGCAAGUCCGACAAUUGCGGUCAGAGCUGACAAGCACACUGGAAGUGAUUGCUGCCUGAGUCAAACGCUUAACGAUAAUUUUUGUUUUUGGCUUUUUGUUUUUUCCGAGACUGGGUUCCUCUGUAUAACAGCUCUGGAUGUCCUGGAACUAACUCUGUAGACCAGGCUGGCCUUGAACUCACAGAGAUCCUCUGCCUCCCGAGUGCUGGGACUAAAGACCUAUGCCACCAUGCUCCAUGGUAAUUUUAAUUAAUUUAUUUUUAAAAAUAGGAUCCCAUGUAUUAAAAGCUGACCUUUAGCUCUUA